AUGACACCGAAGGCCUGCGACCGUUGCUACCGGAGUAAAGAGAAGUGUUCUUUCGCCCCUGAGGCAGAGGCAUGUACACGGUGCCAGCAUCUGGGAAUUCUCUGUUAUACGUCUCGUAAAAAGAAGCGGAAGGGUCGCCGGCCGGUAUUGAAGUCCUUUGGCCACGGUAGGCUAGAGGUCUGGGAGCCGGGACGAGACGAUGAAGCAGACGCGAACAACGCCGAACCAGGUGCUUCUAGCCGGGUCAACAUCGGGUUUGACAAUACGGCAUUACUUGCAAAACCGGGGGAGAGCAGCAAGAACAUGGCAUUAGGUGGGUUUUUGGAGGAGGUGCUUCGGCACCGCUUCAUACCACAGACUGCCUUGGAUGCGAUAGGCAUCCUGACGGACGACGACAAAUUUACGACAGUACAUAUUCCCUUUGCCAUGGGACGCAGCUUCAUACAAGAUCUCCGAGGAGCAAUAUACUCUGUCCUGUACCACUCGGGCCCAGUCGUGAUAGACGGCUAUCUUGCUUUCCUGGGUCUGGUAGCACAUUGCCAAGCUUCUCGCUUACAUUGGACCGCUCCCGACCUAUGCAGGGGUGCAACAGCGUUGCAGAACCUACGUAACGUGGAGAUUAUGCGUCCCCAAGGCGCCCUCUGCGUCCUUCUCCUCGGUCAGGCCUUGUUUGUUUUCGAGGUUCUUGCCAACUACUUCACGACCUCAGCGCAUUCCAUUGUGCAGAGUGCGCUUAUCUCGGCCAAGCCAUGGUAUUCGCUUCUGAGCAGAGUACCUGCCUUUGACACUGUCACCUUUUGUCCGGUUCUUAUGGACAUUGUAGGUUGUCUGGUAUAUCGCAAGGUACCUAUAAUUCGGAUGUGUGUUCAAGAUCGGAUUGUUGUGGAUCGUUACGCCGGUCUAUGUUCGUCUCUCUUGCCUUUUCUAUACCGUCUAUGUGUACAGAGUCACGCAACCAAGUCCGGUGCGGCCAUCAUGAAUAAGGGAUCGAGGGAUCGAGAGCUCCCUGAAGAUUGCUACACAGACAUAGAGAGAAGCAUUGAGCUUUGGGCGCCGAUCAUCCCACCUGAUUUCUUCACUGAGUACGAUGAGGUAGAAAGGCAAAUGAUGAUGACCCAAGCCGAUGCUUACCGCCUUGCAGCUUUGCUUGUCAUUCAUCGCCUACGAUUCCCCCUUGGCGUCCAAGAUACCCUCGCGCAGCACUAUGCUAAUCGCAUUUUUCAUAAAAUCUCGUCAUUUUUUGCCCAUUCGAAUAUGGAGGGUGCCGGAGCGUUUCCCGUCGCAUUCCCUCUUUUCAUAUCCAUGUUUGAAGUCGAAGGCCCCGGCGAGGACUUGCUGGAAAAUCUGCGCCGCUUUCCCAUACAAAGCAUAUGCAUGCUGAAGCUGCAUGACUUUGUCAGGCAUGUUAGAAGGAUCAGAGAAUCAGGUGAUAGUGUGCUAUUGUUUGAUGUCGUGGAACAUGACCUUACUCACGCGGUUAUCCCAUAA